AUGGCAUCGUACGGUCAUCACAUGCCCGCUGCGGCCCCGCGAGUUGCCAAUCCUGCCACAUAUGGCGCUCCAAUGCCUGCCCCUGUAGCCACGGCGCCUGCUGGCACCUUCGCACCCGGCACGAAGAUCCAAGUCGGUGGUCAUAGGGUGGUGAUCCAGAAAUAUCUGUCCGAGGGAGGUUUCGCCCACGUUUAUCUGGUCAAGCUCCCGAAAGCCGUCGAUGGCACGGACAUGGCUGUCCUGAAGAGAGUGGCUGUCCCCGAUAAGGAUUCCCUACGAAGCAUGCGAACCGAGGUCGAGACCAUGAAGCGGCUCAAGGGUCAUCGCCCUAUCGUUACGUACAUCGAUUCCCAUGCAUCUGAGAUGCGAGGAGGAGGCUACGAGGUGUUCUUGCUCAUGGAGCACUGCAACGGAGGCGGCCUGAUCGACUUUAUGAACACGCGUCUCCAGCACCGCCUGACUGAGCCCGAGAUCCUCCACAUCUUUACAGACAUUGCCGAGGGAGUCGCUUGUAUGCACUACCUCAAGCCGCCACUGCUUCACCGCGACUUGAAAGUCGAAAACGUCUUGAUUCUCACCCACGGCUCCCAGAAGCGUUUCAAGCUUUGCGAUUUUGGAUCCGCUGCGCCGCCCAAACCCGCGCCCCAGACAGUCGUUGAGUGCAGGCUCCUGGAUGAGGACGUGCAAAAGCACACCACCAUGCAGUAUCGAAGUCCGGAGAUGAUUGACGUCUACCGGAAGCUGCCUAUCGACGAGAAAUCUGAUAUUUGGGCUUUGGGCGUUUUACUGUACAAGUUGUGCUACUACACGACGCCUUUUGAGGACCAGGGGCAAUUGGCUAUUCUCAAUGCAAGCUUCAAAUACCCCAGUUACCCCGUGUUCUCAGACCGGCUGAAGAAACUUAUUGGAUCUAUGCUGCGUGAGAGCCCACAGGCCCGGCCAAACAUCUACCAGGUCCUCCGCGAAGGAUGUGCUAUGCAGGGGCGUGAUGUCCCCAUUCAAGAUGUUGGUUCGCCCAAAGUUUUGCCUCUUUGA